CCCGUUAUCCGCGCGCUUUCUCCUGAAUCUCAAGCCACAAAAAAAAGGCACAAGAUGCUGCUCUGCGCAUCUCCCACCUCCGCCGCUCUCGCCUCACUCCGCCACCGCCUCCCACCACAAAAGCCCUUCGUCUCCUCUCACCCUAACCCUAACCCUAACCCUAACCCUAAACCUAGCCCCUCCCUAAUCCGACCCUCCUCUCUCCAUCUCCACAAACACCAAACCCCUCCCAAGAAACCACCACCACCACCUCACUCCGUGUCCACAUCCGAUGCUCUCAAAACCACCGCCGAUGAGGUCGAAGAUGACGAGGAAGAAGAAGAAGAGAAACAGGAACAGUCCCUUCAGACUCUAUUUGAAAGAUCACAGUUUGACAAGCUAGUUUUUCUGCUGCAAUAUGGUGCUGUUUUAGCCUCCGUGGAGGCACCGACCGCAUGGGCUGUGACCGGCAACAACAACGAAGAUGAUCUUGUGACGACGUUGAUUUCCGCGGGAGUUAUUGCAUUUCUCUACUUCUUUGUUGCUCCACCCAUCAUCAUGAACUGGAUGAGGCUUAGAUGGUACAAGCGCAAGUUCCUCGAGAUGUUUUUACAAUUCAUGUGUGUAUUCCUCUUCUUUCCAGGGUUGAUGCUAUGGGCACCAUUUCUCAACUUCAGGAAAUUUCCAAGGGAUCCAACCAUGAAGUACCCCUGGUCUACUCCAAAGGAUGAUGUCCCAUUGUACAAAUCAAGAUAAUAGGGGUGUUUGGCUGUGCGUUUUGUGCGGCUUUUACGGUACGCUAUCAACAGCGUGUUGUUUGGUUACUGCAGUAAUGCUUGUGGUUAUAUGCACCAUAGUUAAAAAUGGAAAAUUGGAGAAAGCUUCGAA